UCCUCCAAAAAGACCAAAACCUUAAAAGAAACAACACAAAUAACAAAAGAAGAACAUGUUAUGUUCCAAGAUCCCCCAAGCAUUAUUCCUGACGUUAUUAGCCCUAGUCACAGCUCUUUCCACCCAUGCCCAAGACUCGCACCAAGAUUACAUUAGCGCCCACAACACGGCACGAGCCACCGUCGGUGUGGGACCCGUCUCAUGGGACGACGACUUAGAGGCCUACGCCCAAAGCUACGCCCGCCGACAAGCCCGAGGUUGCGAACUGGAACACUCGAACGGGCCCUACGGCGAGAACCUGGCCAUGAGCACCGGCGACUUGACAGGCAUCGAGGCGAUUGGCCUGUGGGUCAACGAGAAGGUUGACUACGACUAUGAUUCCAACACAUGUCGUGUCGGGAAGGUGUGUGGACAUUACACUCAAGUGGUGUGGAGAAAUUCUACGAGGAUUGGUUGUGCUAAAAUGGAGUGUGACAAUGGCGGGACGUUCAUUACAUGUAACUACGAUCCUCCCGGGAACUACAUUGGGGAGAGACCUUAUUAGUUAUGAUGCGAUUCUGAUUCGAAUAAUGAUAUUUUUAUAUAUCUAUAAUCUAUGGUU